AUGGAGUUCACUUUCUACUACUACGCACCAUCUGGUGCUGCUGGAGGCAUAUUUGCUGCUCUAUUCGGCAUCUGUACCAUCCUUCACUUCUAUCAGCUCCUCCGAACAAGGACCUGGUUCAUGAUCCCGUUCGCCAUCGGCGGUGCCUUGGAAACUGUCGGAUACAUUGGCCGUGUUCUCUCCUCGACCGAGACACCAGACUUCACCAAAGGCCCGUAUGUCAUGCAGAGCGCCCUCAUCCUGAUCGCCCCCGCCUUCCUCGCUGCUAGCAUCUACAUGACCCUGGGCCGGAUCAUCGCUAUGCUUAAUGCGGAACGAUGCUCUCUAAUCCCGCUGCGCUUCCUGACGAAGAUCUUCGUCGCUGGCGAUGUCCUCUCGUUCCUAAUGCAGGCCUCCGGCGCCGGAAUCAUGGUCAAAGACGAGGACAGCGCACAGAUGGGACAGAAUAUCAUUGUCGGCGGAUUAUUCGUCCAAAUCGCCUUCUUCGCCUUCUUCGUCAUUACCGCUGGAAUCUUCGAAAUCCGCAUGGCUAGACAGCAGGUUACCGUCUCGCCGGAUCUGCAGAGUAUUUGGCGCAGACAUAUGAUGGCGCUGUUCUUCACCAGCGUCCUGAUCUUGAUUCGCUCAGUGAUUCGUGUUGUGGAGUACCUGAUGGGCUAUGACUCGUACCUUAUGCGCCAGGAGGUGUUUAUCUAUGUGUUUGAUGCGCUGUUGAUGUUUGUUGUCUUGCUUACGCUGAACUGGAUCCAUCCGAGCGAGGUUAACUGUGCUCUGGGUAAGGGGGAGAGAUACCUAAAGCGUGCUGUCGCUGUCCGCAAGUUCGCUACGAGCACAAGAGAGAUGGAGGGGCCUUGA